GUUCGUGGGAGGUGGCUGUGCCUUGUUUCGUUUUGCAGUUUUAACGGUUUAUGAAAUAAGGAUAAUUUUAUAAAACUGUGCCUUAAAUUGUACUAUUUUAUUGAAUGUGAUACAAGUGAACAGCGAAAAUGGCGCAGCCUAAUGAAGUUGGUGUUUCGGAUUUUGUCCUUUUGGACAAUUUAUCAACCGACACAUUCGUUCAAAACUUGCAGCUAAGGUUCGAGCACAACCUCAUCUACACAUACAUCGGCGAGGUGCUGGUGUCGGUGAACCCGUAUCGCCAGCUGGACAUAUACGGGCCGGCGGUGAUGGCGCAGUACCGCGGCCGCGAGAUGUUCGAGGUGCCGCCCCACGUGUACGCCGUGGCGGACGCUUGCCAGCGCGUGCUGCGCCAGCAGGGUCGUGACACAUGCGUGCUGAUCUCCGGCGAGUCGGGCUCGGGCAAGACGGAGGCGUCCAAGUUCAUCAUGAGGUACAUCGCCGCCAACACGCACCAGGUGCACCGGGAGUACAUCGACAGAAUAAAGAACGUACUCAUCCAAUCGAACACUAUCCUCGAGUCCUUCGGCAACGCGAAGACCACCCGCAACGACAACUCGUCGCGGUUCGGCAAGUACAUGGACAUCCACUUCGACCACGCGGGCGACCCCGCCGGCGGCCACGUCAGCAACUACCUGCUGGAGAAGAGCAGGGUGGUAGCGCUGCAGCCGGGCGAGAGGAACUUUCACGCGUUCUACCAGUUGCUUAGUACGGGCAGCCCGUACGCAUCGCAAUUCGGACUGACGGGCGGCGCGUACCGCAUACUGGGGGAGGAGCGUUCGAGCGCGCACGACGCGCGACAGUUCGCCGCGACAAACGCCGCGUUCACGUCGCUGGGAUUCAGCAAGGCGGUGCAGCAGGAUGUCUGGAGUAUUGUUGCUGGUGUUGUAUUGCUGGGCGAGCUAACAUUCACAUCAGAAGAUGGCAACAUCAUCACCGGCGGGCCGCUGGACGCGUGUGCGCGCGCGCUGGGCGUGUCGGGGGCGGGGCUACGCGCGGCGCUCGUGUCACGCGUGCUCUCGGCCGGCGGCGACCUCGUCACCAAACAGCAUUCGCGCUCAGACGCUGACUACACGCGACUCGCGCUCGCCAAGGCGGCGUAUGAUAGGCUGUUCACGUGGAUCGUGCAGCAGAUAAACGCAGCGAUCGCGGCAGGCAGCGCGCACCGCGGCUCGCUCAUCGGCGUGCUGGAUAUCUACGGUUUUGAGAUAUUCGAUACCAACAGUUUCGAGCAGUUCUGCAUCAACUACUGUAACGAGAAGCUGCAGCAGCUGUUCAUAGAGCUGGUGCUGCGUCAGGAGCAGGAGGAGUACGCUCGCGAGGGCAUCCAGUGGACGCCGGUGGAGUACUUCAACAACCGCGUCAUCUGUGAACUUGUCGACGCGCCGCAUAAGGGACUUGUGGCCGUUAUGGACGAGGCCUGCCUAAACCCUACCAAGAUAUCGGACGAGCAGUUACUGGAGGCGUUCGACAAGCGUCUGGGCUCGCACCCGCACUACACGUCGCGACAGCUCGCGCCCGCCGACAAAACGCUCGCGCAUCGCCGCGACUUUCGCAUCACGCACUACGCUGGCGACGUGACGUACAGCAUCGUGGGUUUCACGGACAAGAAUAAGGACUCGUUGUGGCAGGACCUCAAGCGGCUGCUGCGGUCGUCCACCAACAAGUCCCUCUCAGACAUGUGGCCAGAGGGUGCUGAGGAUAUACAGAAGACAUCGAAGCGUCCAGCGACAGCAGCUACACUGUUCCGCGGCUCGAUGGCGGCGCUGGUGGCGGGGCUGGCGAGCAAGGAGCCCUUCUACGUGCGCUGCGUCAAGCCCAACCCCGCGCAGACGCCGCGCGCCUGGGACGAGCGCCUCGUGCGCCACCAGGUGGCGUACCUGGGUCUCGUCGAGAACGUCCGCGUGCGCCGCGCUGGUUUCGCCCAGCGUACGCGCUACGACCGUUUCCUGCGUCGCUACAAGAUGCUGUCGCAGUACACGUGGCCCAACUUCCGCGGCGGUGCCGAGCGCGAUGCUGUCGCGGUGCUGCUCCGCGACCUCCGGGUCACUGACGUGCAGUUCGGACACACGAAGUUGUUUAUUAGGAGCGCACGCACCAUCCACGCACUCGAAGCGGCGCGCGCGGAGCUCAUCCCGUCCAUCGUGGUCCUGCUGCAGAAGCUGUGGCGCGGCACACUCGCGCGGCAGCGUUACCGCAAGAUGCGCGCCGCACUCACCAUAUACAACGCCUGGAAACGCUACAAAUUCAGACGCUACAUCACCGAGCUGCAGACGGAGCUGCGUCGCGGCAGCGGCACGGUGAUGCGGUGGCCGGCAGCGCCGCGCGGCGUCGCGGUGCCGCUGCUGCAGGCCGCGUACCGCCGCUGGCGCGCGUGGCUUGUGCUGCGAGCCGUGCCGAGGGAGCAGUGGCCGCAGUUGAGGCUCAAGGUGUGUGCUGCUAGUGCACUGCGCGGACGCCGUUCACAGUGGGGAGCGUCACGAGUCUGGGCUGGUGACUACCUCGCACUCGAUACAUACAACCCACGUGCAGCGUUAUACCGGUCAGCGCUGAGCACGCUGCUGCGCGGCGGCGGGCGCGCGCUGUUCUCCUGCCGCGUGCACAAGUUCAACCGGCACAACAAGAUGGCGGAGCGCUGCCUGCUGCUCACCGAUACCGCGCUGUACAAGCUCGACGCCAACACCUUCAAGCCGCUCAAGAAGCCCACGCCCGUCACCGAGGUGGGUUGCGUGCGCGUGAUGAGCGGCAGCGCGCAGCUCGUGGUGCUGGCGGUGCCGAGCGCGCGCAACGACCUCGUGUUGGCGCUGUCCCCGCCCGCGCCAUCGCAGGACCUGGUGGGCGAGCUCGUUGGCACGCUCUCGCAUACUUAUCACAGGUUGUCUGGUUCAGACCUAGCCGUUGAAGUCGAAAGUGGAGCUACAACACGCUGCAUGCUGGGCGGCAAGUCUCGCGCGCUGCAGCUUCCUGCCGCGCCCGCCCCCGGCCUGCCGACGUUCACCAGCGCGCAUGACGUCAUCACGUACCACCCGCCCGCCGCGCGCGCCUGACCGUGCACGCUGGGCGAUAUUGUGGACGCUCAGCAAUGUAUAGAGCAGUGUUGCACGGUUGAGCGAUGGUGUGCAGGUGCACGCUGAGCAACAUACUGUACGCUAAGCAACGUCCUGUACGCUAAGCAACGUCCCCUACGCUGAGCAACGUCCUGUACGCUAAGCAACGUCCUGUACGCUGAGCAACGUCCCGUACGCUGAGCAGCGUCCCGUACGCAGAGUGACGUCUCUGAGCGUCGCGCAAUUACACAUUGGCAAAAUACACUACUUUCAGAGAAAUUCAUAGGUAGAUGGCGGACCUCCGUAAAUGAGUCUUAUUAUGUCAAGUAAAUGGUAGUCUUCCAAGUGUACUUGUAAGUAAUCCGACCACACUACGAAGGUCCACCAUUCGCCUAUUAAUCAAUUUCACUGAUCGUACACUGGGCAAUGCUGUACAUUGUGACAAGUUGCGCUGUAAAUAAAACCAAAUCGGCUUGUUAAAAUGAUUCAAGUAAGACUAUAUAAGUUUUUAUACAAAAGUGAAUCGACCCAACGAAAUGUAGGUACAAAAUAUUCUUGGUUGUUAGUCAGUUUAGUCAACAAGUUGAUACAAUAAGUAUCUAUCGAAAUGGAUCUCUUGUAUACAGAGUGUAACAAAACUAAGUGAUUAUACUUUAGGGUGUGUAUGUA